ACCACAGCCAGGGCGCAAAGAGCAAGCGGGUUGAAACCGGAGUAGCCUGAACUGCUUGCACAAGGAAGUUCGUUGCAAAAAUGAAGUUGGCUGAUAUUAUCCUCACGUGAAGACAAGACGAAGUAUGGAGAGAGAGUGACAACAGGGAAUGGCAAAAUGACAAUGACGUUGUCAGAGUAAAUGAGCGUAGUGACUCAAUCAACAGAGAUGGUAGUGUAUGUUUUAAAGCGCAUGCGCAGUCCCGGCCGCUAGAACAGCAGGUAGUUCUAUAUAUUUAGAAUGAAAGAUCCAAAGUUUUUUAAGUUAUUCAUGCAUUGCAUACUAAGUGCAUAGCAAAACGCACGGUAGAAUAUACUAUACAAAAGGGUGUGUAGACAGGCUUGGCCCAGGAGUGUGAAGUGAGUGUGGUGUGUGUCAGAGCCAGGUGCAAGAAUACGCAGUUUGUUUUGACCGGGAGUUAUGGAAAAUGAGGAGCCCAAAUCACCCGACCCCAUCACUACUGAUGAACCAAUCAAAAGAGGAGACACUGUGUCCAAGAAGACCCAUUUGACUCAGAUUGAGGUAAUUCCCUGUAAGAUCUGUGGGGAUAAAUCAUCAGGAGUUCACUAUGGAGUCAUCACCUGCGAGGGUUGCAAGGGUUUUUUCCGGCGUAGCCAGCUGCCGUCCGUGUCCUACUCCUGUUCCAGACAGAGUAACUGUCCUAUAGACAGAGCCAGCCGCAACCGCUGCCAGAGCUGCCGAUUGCAGAAGUGUGUGAACCAGGGCAUGAGCCGGGAUGCGGUGAAGUUUGGUCGGAUGUCAAAACGUCAGCGGGACUCUCUGAAUGCCGAGGUGGAGAGACAUCGUCAGCAGCAGCAGCAUCUCCAGGCAGAGGCCCAGCCAGCCCUGCCCUACUCAAGCAAGGCACGCCGUAACCGGUCACCCCACCUGCUCCAGCCCCUGGCUUCGGCCUACUCCUUCCCUGGAGAGCCAGAGCUUCCACCCUGCCCGACAGAUGUGCUCCCCUACCUGGUGUGCUCCCCAGGCGAGUCCCAGGCCCCAGGUCUGGCCUACCAGGGCUCCUGUGUGUCUCCUGGCAGUGGGCACUCAGACGAAAGAGGGUUCGACUCCCGUCAGCCGUCUCCUGACCAGACGAUAGGGAUGGGAAUUAGAUCCUAUGACCCAGACGACCCCUAUUUCCCCUACCUCCCCUCCCUGCUACACAUAGAAGAGCUGUGUGGCAGUAUCAUGCGUUCCCAUAGGGACACCAGUCAGUUCAGACUGGAGGAACUGCAGGCUCUGAGAUGGAAGUUGUUCAGCAGAGAGGAGAUCCAUGCCUACCAGAGCAAGUCAGUAGAUGAGAUGUGGCAGCACUGUGCCAUGAGGCUGACUGAAGCGGUACAGUACGUGGUGGAGUUUGCCAAACGCAUCCCAGGGUUCCGUGGGCUCGGCCAGAACGACCAGAUCACCCUGCUGAAGACUGGUUCGAUGGAGGUAGUUCUGGUCAGAAUGAGCAGGUGUUUUAACACAGAGAACAGCACCGUCUUCUUCGAUGGGAAGUUUGCCAGCACUGAACUUUUCAAUUCUCUGGGCUGUGGCGAUCUGAUUGUGGCGGUGUUUGACUUUGCUCACAGUAUGUGUGCCCUGAGACUGACUGAGCAGCAGAUGGCUCUCUUCAGCUCACUGGUGCUCAUUAACCCAGAUCGCCCCUGUCUUGAGGAUGGAGGCAGAGUACAUAGAAUGAGGAGAGACUUGGACAGAUGCCUCAGACACAUGCUACACAGAGACAACCAGGAGAGCCUUCUGAACAAGCUCUACCAGAAGGUGUCAGUGUUGCAGUCUCUGUGCAGUCUGCAUGUGGAGAAGCUGAUCUGGUUCAGCCAGCGCUACCCGCUCACCGUCCACUCUGUCUUCCCUCCUCUAUACAAGGAGCUGUUCACCUCCGACCUGCCUUCUGUGGACUCCCUCUGAACUCUCUCUGAACUGCACCGUACAUGUUGACAGAUAAUUAGACAAAGAAACAUGCAUACAGUAGUAGACAGACACACACACACAAACACACACAGACACACAGACACUCAGAGACACAGACACACACACAGACACAGACA